AUGGCAAGCAAGAAUUCGGCGGCGACCGUCAAGGUUUCUGGCUCGGCUGCCAAUUACACGCCUGCCACCUUGGAUCCCGAGUUGCGAUCGGCCAUUAAUUCGGUCUUGAUCGAAGAGGGCCAUGUCGGCAAGAUCCAAGACCAUCUUCUACACUCGCUACAUGCCCACUCGUCCAACUGGCCCACGACAGUCCAGAAUCACGCCCUGGCUCUCCUCCGCUCCGGCGAAAUCAGUACCUUCCCCGCCCUUCUACGACGAGUUUUGGAAGAUGUGCGCCACGAUACAGCCAAUGCUCCCUCCGGCGACGCCAACGGAGGCGAUGUGAACGGAAAGAAGCUAUCCAACGGCGCCGACACUACCAACGCCUCCAACGGCAACGUGCCCGCGGCGACAACGACAGCACCGAGCCUAGCGGUUCCGCAGGCCGUUAUCAAUGACGCGCUCAAAGUCACGCGCGAAAGCCUGGAGAUGGGGUCUGGCGCCGGCGCCAAAAGUAAGCAGCCAGUAGGGCUGAGAAAUGAUGGAAGCAAUAAGCGGAGAAAGCUGUCGUCAAGAGACGAUCGAGUCUACUGUCAAGUUGACAGUUUUCCCAGUCAUGGGGAGGAUGGACACAGUCAAGGUCUUAACGGCGGGGAGGAGAAGGAGGAGCAAAGAGAUGGUCGUAACCAAGGCGUUGCCUCAGGUUCGACAAUAGCAACUGCGGCCGCAGAAGAUGAUCCGUCGAUAUCCGAUGACGACCAACGAGAAAUUGUCAGAAGGCAUCACCCAAGGGUAACCAACGCCCUGCCGGAUGCUCUUCGGAGAGCCGGCUUGUUGACCCAGAGGUUUCAUGAUAGUCGGCCUCAGGACCAGGUGCAACACGAAAGCCAACUCCAACAUCCACAACAAAUUCAACAACAUCAAACCACACAUCAUCCUCUGCCUGGAUCUCCCACCCGAACAUAUCUUCAACCACAGCCACACUUUGAGCCCCAGCCUGGCGCAUCACAUGCCGGAGUGGGCAAUGCGCAGGAAGCACUUCAAAGUCAAGACACCGUAGGGACAGCUGCCCAAGCAGACUCCUCAGAGCAACCGAGCUAGAUGGGCAUGGAUGACUACUUGGGCCACAGAGGAAUCAUUUAGUAUGGUCAUUAUGGCAUGUACAUAGCUGGAAAUUGUUUUGACCGGUUGCAUCGAGGAAGAAGCCGGUGAAUCUGUA